AUGCCUGCCACACAUAACAAGAAAAUACACUCGCGGACGAACGUGAAACCAACCGAUCAACACGUUGCUGUGGCUAUAGAAUGCGUUGCAAGACGCUACGUUGGCUGUGGCAAUGCAAUGGCCGGUGAACAGCAACAUCUCGAUCUGCUGAACGGCCUUUGGCGCAUUUCCGUUUUUGCAGGCUGCGAAGAUCUAAGAUACGCCGAUUGGGCCCCAUCCAUCGUCCAGUGGCUCGGGAUCCAUCGAGUGACCAUCGAGAGUGGCCUGGGUCCACUGAGUGAGCUGAGGCCCUUCACAAAUCCGUCUGACCGCCGUUACGGCGCCACCGUGGAAAGUGCAGGACAGUGGGCACAUUUAUGA